UUCGACAAGGUCAAGGGUCUUGUUCAUGGAAUUGGAAACCCUUCCGAUGUCGAGAAGAAAAGCCGAAGAAGACCAGGCCGCAAAUCCAGACAGGUCGCCGAUUCGAGCUCUUACACCUCUACCAGCGCUUCCGAAGCAUCCCUCGCACCAGGUAAAAGGUGAUGGGAAUGUCCCAAUAGGACAGCUUUCUCAAGAACUCAGUAAACUCGCAGUUUCGAGUAGUCAUAUGCCAAGCUCCAGCCCGAAUCCAGUCUCAAUGCCCAGUCCCAGCUUCAGAGUGAAGCCUGUCCACGACAUGUCUUCCUCUGUAUAUUCGAAGUCUAACGGGACAGCGGAAUCUAGCAACGGCGAUGCGGUGUACCACGACCUCAUUCCAACUAAGUCGACUCAGAGCGAGGAUCGGAGUAGCUUCGCGUCAAGAAGCGCUAAUGUAUCGACCUCUUUAGUUUCAGAUACAACAGCGGCAGUAGAUUCCGGAGGCUUCUCAAAACCGAAGACUCCUCCAAUAGGCAUACCGAGGGAGAUAGGGAAGGACGGAAGUAAGAAUGGGAAGAUUCAGGGUGGCCUCUGUAUGAAAAGGUCUGCCUCUUUAGUAGAUUCUAAGCAGCCUGCUCACAAAGGUUGGAGAAUGUCUCCGUCAUCAGUCACUACCUCAAGCAGUACAGGAAGUUUGGAAGCUCAACACGUUUCUGCAAAUUCCGCUCAGUCAGUGGACAAGUCAGGAUCUGCCCCUUCUUCUGGCAGCAAUUCCGACAGAGGCCUUUUACAGAACCCACACUCAUGGCCAGGUUCUAGUGUCCUGGGCUCACCGGGUAGAACUAUGCACAUGCCGUCUGGUAAAGUUUCAAAUGGUGCCAGUAAUGGGACGAGUAAUGGACAAAGUACGUCUCGAUCUAGUCAUUUUAGUGACCACCUUUCCUGCGAAGACGCCGCACAUGCCAUUGAGACUGGACGCGCUUUCAGAGGAGUGCUGCGUGUGAAUCCGCACUACAGAAGUGAGGCAUACGUAACGCUCGAAGGAGUUCCUCUGGACAUUUUAAUUGAUGGUCUUUGUGCACAAAACAGAGGGAUGGAGGGUGAUGUGGUUGCACUGCAACUGAAUCCUUCUUCUCUUUGGCCUCGGCUCAAAGGGUCCAACAAGCAGCAGAACAGCAGCUAAGUGUUUGAGGAGUCCUCGGUCAAAGCGGAAGCUCAGACGGAUGAUCAACAAACGAGAGAGAACCCAAUCUUCCUUGAAGAGCAUGUUUCUGG